AUGUGUCCCUACGCUGGCGCGACAAAGUACAACUUGAAGGUACACAUAAGGACCCACACGGGCGAAAAGCCUUACAAGUGCAAGUACUGCAGCUACUCCGCGAUCGUUCAGAGCAGCAUCGUGAUCCACGAGAGGCGGCACUUGGGAGAAAAGCCCCACAAGUGCAGCUUCUGCGACUACACCGCUCCCAAGCCGGGAGACGUCAAGCUCCACGAGAGGACACACACGGGGGAGAAGCCAUACAAGUGCCACUUGUGUUCGUUUGCAGCAGCAACCAAGUACGCGUUAAAGCGGCACGUGCUGAGAAUGCAUGUGACAAACGCGGGUGUAUGA